AUGGUGUCCAUCACAACCAGCUACAUCAGUGUCGGGGGAAACAGGCAUCCAGCCGCCGCAGACUGGGAUGUCCAGUCGGGUGUGCUCGCCUUUGGCGCAGACAAUAAUGUAGCUUUGUGGGAUCCAAGGCUAAUUUGUGGGUUGCGCGCACAGGACACUUCCCAACGCGGGGUCUAUGCUCUACUCGUGGGCCAUACCGACAAGGUCAGCGCCGUCCGAUUCUAUACCUGCCCCAAGACGGGAAUCAAACUUAUCAUCACCGGCUCUGUCGAUCAUACCAUCCGGCUAUGGAAAGCCGACCCUGUCGAUUCUCGCAAGUUCACGCUCGUCCAGACUCUGAAAGGCCACACAAGCUCUGUCAAUACUGUUGCUAUCGCAGAUGGCGCAGAGAUUGUUGCCUCGAGUGCAGCAGAUGGGACUGUGAAGAUUUGGAGGAUUUCAUCUGAACCGGAGAUCAGAGGUGAACUCUUGAAGUCUAUACCGAUGAAACCGCGGUUCUUCCCGCUUGCGCUGGGACUUCACCUGCUCCAGACGGACACAAAUGACGCGCCCUUAGUUUUGGCGGUUGCAGGCACCACAAACAUCGUACAAAUCUACGUAUCCGAGAGAUCUGACACCGAAACGGACUUUAAGUUUGCUGCUGUGCUAUCUGGACAUGAAGCCUGGGUGCGCUCACUCUCAUUCACAAAAGACAAGCAGAGUCAGACUGGGGACCUGCUUCUGGCUUCUGCAAGUCAGGACAAGUACGUUCGGCUCUGGCGGCUCCAGAAAGGAGACGCUGCACCCUCGGAGCCUAAGGAUGAUGACGACCCCAUGUUGGGUGGGUUGGAGCCUACGUUGUCCAACAAGGCUCACCAAUUCCAUGCAGCAGGCUCGAAGUACUCUGUUACUUUUGAGGCUCUCUUGUUUGGAAACGAAGACUGGAUCUAUACGACAUCUUGGAACCCUGACCCGGAUCGCCAGCAACUCCUCACCGCCUCUGCGGAUAACACACUGACCAUCUGGGAACAAGACUCCGUGUCGGGUGUUUGGGUGUCUGUGGAACGGAUGGGUCAGAUCAGUGUACAAAAAGGCUCUACGACCGCUACUGGAAGUACCGGUGGAUUCUGGAUUGGGCUCUGGUCACCGGACGGCAAGCAAGUUGUCACUCUAGGCCGCACUGGAAGCUGGCGGAAAUGGGAUUAUGAUGCGGAAUCCGACCUCUGGAAUCAAGCGCUGGGUAUCUCUGGACACGUGCGAUCCGCCAAUGGUAUACAAUGGGAGCCUAACGGGGGGUAUCUACUGUCGACUAGUGCAGAUCAGACCACACGUCUGCAUGCUCAAUGGCUACGCGAUGGGGUGACCUCCUGGCAUGAGUUCUCCAGACCGCAGAUCCACGGGUACGAUUUGAACUGUGUUGAUACGCUAGGGCCGGCACGUUUCGUUUCUGGUGCAGAGGAGAAGCUCCUCCGGGUCUUCAAUGAACCCAAACCGAUAGCCAAGUUGCUUGAGCGACUGAGCGGAGUGAAGCAGACUACAGAAGCGGAGUUGCCAGACACGGCCCAGAUCCCAGUCCUGGGCCUGUCCAACCAAUCCAUGGGCGAAGAGGCCGCGGCAGACGGCGAUGCCGACACGGCUGCAGAAGUUAGCAAAACACAGGAAAACCAGACGAUACUUGCGGAAUCGGACCGGCCUCCCCUCGAGGAUCAGCUCGCUCGCUUUACGUUAUGGCCUGAGCACGAGAAACUCUACGGCCAUGGCUAUGAAAUCUCCGCAGUAGCAGUGAGCCAUGAUCGUACAAUCAUUGCCACUGCUUGCAAAGCUAGUUCGAUCGAUCACGCCGUGAUUCGUCUCUACGACACGUCUAGCUGGCACGAAAUCCGGCCGUCACUUGCAGCCCAUACAUUGACGAUCACGAGUCUUUGCUUCUCCGAUGACGACAAGUAUUUGCUUAGUGUUGGACGAGACCGCCAGUGGGCUCUCUUCUGUCGGAGCGAUGAAGAGCCGUCCACUUUCAAACUCCUCACAUCAAACCCGAAGGGCCACUCUAGGAUGAUUCUAGAUGCUGCCUGGGCCCCCGGCACGGAGACUCCCAGCUUCGCAACCGCUGGUCGAGACAAGUCCGUGAAGCUUUGGCAAUUGGACGAGGGGAACUUCACGUGUAAGGUGACCAUUCCAUUGAAGACUCCGGUCACUGCCAUCUCCUUCCUCCCAUUGGCACAGAAUGCCUCGUUCGUUCUCGCGGUCGGCGAGGAGAGCGGGGAGCUGUCUGUCUACCAGAUUGCGGCACAGACGCUGGAGGCUACUUGUAUCGCAAACAUUGACAAGGCCAUGUCACCUUCGAAGGCGAUUACUCAAUUAGCAUGGCGACCUACUGCAGUGAAAGAUGGCGGAAGUAGAUUUGAGCUUGCUGUUGCAAGCGAAGACACCUCUAUGAGGAUAUUUGAGAUUCAGAACAUAUUCCCAUAG